CCGGUCCUGGCCCACCAGGCCCUCAUACCUACCUCCAGCCUUGGCCAGGCCCUUCCAGUCACCCCACAGCUCCAUCUCUCCCACGCCCAGAACCCCCGCCUCCAUCCUUGAUCUAGUUGUACCUGUUCUCCCUCCUUGAAACUGACUUGCUCUCUGGCACCUCUGCUGGAAAUGCCCUUGCUGCCCAUGCCCUCAAAUCUUCCCUCCCCUCUCCAACCCAGGGACCCACUGGAAAAGCUUCUGUUCCCACCUAAGCCAGGUUCAUACAACCCAAAAGAAAAGGCCAGGGAGGGGAUGAGGAAGCUUGGGCCCACAUCUCAAGAUAAGGCAAAUCCACUCUCCAGCCCAAGCGCAACUCUGACCCUGACCUCCGACCCCAGACCACUUGGAGGCCCCUGGAGCCUCUUCCAGGGCUGUUCAGAGGCAUUAUCUAGACUCAGACCUACCUGGUUCCUGCACCGCGAUCACCUAGUUCGGGGGAUGUGGGUCUAUCACUGUCCCUGGCCGAGCCUCAGCUUCAUCAUGGGGGGCGCGGGGCCACAGGCCGGGCGUCCCCGCCCCUGCCGCGGGUCGGAGCGCGCGCUGACCCCGCGGGCGAGCGGGCGAAGGUCCCACGACGGACGCAAGGGAGGGAGCCGCCGCCGCCCGCGCCCGCCGCAGCCGCGCUCUGAGCCGCCGCGGCUGGAUCGCAGGGCGGCGGUGCCGUUGCCGGCGGCUGGCGGGCGGGCGGCGGGCGGCGGGCGGCGCAGUGCGGCCCCGGCCAGGCAGGACCGCGGGACCGUCCGCCGCCGCCAUUGGCCCGCGCCGCCGGCCCCCGCCACCGCCCAUUGGCCGCCGCGCUGCACCAUUGUUACAAUGCUGUCCCUGCCCUUCCAGUACUAUCUCACCAGGGAGACCAUCCACUCCGCUCCAUCCAGGCAAGGCCUCUGCCUCACCCCGAGCUUCUCCCAUCCGCCAGUUCUGGAUGCCUCUGAGUACGAUGGCAGGGAGAGCAAAAUGAGUGGAGGUCCUGGGGUCAAUAAUUGA